GAUCAAUUCACCGUUCUACUUUCUCAACUCACUUUUACAUUUUCAUUACUGAAGAGAAACCGCCUUGACUUGUUCAAGCAAAUGAAUGUCAAUUGACUGUCAAAGCACAACGCCCAGUAAACUUGAUACUCUUGGCGUUGCACGCCAAUGUAGGACGAAACCACACAAAGUAUGACAAGAAUCAAUAAUCCUAAGAUGCGCUGAAGGAGGCGAGCCGCGAGUCUUGGCUGGAUCUAUUCGCUUCUUUUAUCCCAAUCAGCAUCUAUUCUCAGACGAUUUGCAGAGGGAAAAGGGAAUAGAGUUGCUCAGAAGCUCGGCUGGCUGCCGAGAGAUCAUGGCUGGUGACAGCAAACUGCCAAUAAAGUUACAGUAACACAUGCCUGUCAGCCAGCCAGGACAACCACUUAUACGGCUAGAUGAUUGAAGAUCAAGUGCCAACUGAACAACAAGCUCGCCGGGAGUUCAAGGAGUAGGUAGGUACCUAUUCAAGAUAAGUACAGGUCUCUUCGAGUCUACGCUAUCCUUCCAUGGCAUCCAAUUGUACAGGAUUUGAAUGUGAUGGCCAUUACACUAUCUCGUAUAACUGUUGUUGCUGCGAUAGGCUUUCGUACCAUGAAGGUCGAGAACAUUCCACUUGGACGUCUUCGCUAAUACACAAUAAUCGGCCACAUAAGAAUGUCACCGCUAUCUCAAUUUACACAAUCAACCUAGGUACUAGGUAGGUAGUUACAAGCUAUUCAUCGAUGUGAAAAGACUCGGGACAUCGUCUCAUGAAUUCGCUACCUACCGAUAGACGAUAAGAGCUUCGCAUCCCCAUAAAAUAUCGGAAUCGCGGAGCUCAUUUCUUCCGUCGCUGAAACCAGGGUACGUACCUCAAUUCCCACAAUCAGUUUUGGAACAAUCACGUGAUGAGGGGGUGAAGGGCAAGAACCCUACAUCGCUCUUUCCCUGUGCGCCUAAGCGAUUGUUGCAACAACCGCCUUCAAAUCGACCCCAGCCAGGCCAUCAGUUUUCCGCUCAGCGAAUUCAACAACACAACACCGCGAUCAUGGCUGACGAAUACGACGCCGAGCAGGCUGCCGAGCUCAAGAGAAAGAGAGCGUUCCGAAAGUUCUCCUACCGAGGAAUCGACCUUGAUCAGCUCCUCGACCUCUCCUCCGACCAGCUUCGCGAUGUUGUCCACGCUCGUGCCCGCCGCAGGAUCAACCGUGGCCUGAAGCGCCGCCCCAUGGGUCUCAUCAAGAAGCUCCGAAAGGCUAAGCAGGAGGCUCAGCCCAACGAGAAGCCCGACCUCGUCAAGACCCACCUCCGAGACAUGAUUGUCGUCCCCGAGAUGAUUGGCAGUGUCAUUGGCAUCUACUCCGGCAAGGAGUUCAACCAGGUCGAGAUCAAGCCUGAGAUGGUUGGUCACUACCUGGCUGAGUUCUCUAUCUCAUACAAGCCUGUCAAGCACGGUAGGCCCGGUAUUGGUGCCACGCACUCUUCUCGAUUCAUUCCCCUCAAGUAAGAAGGCUGCGGUCUCGGGUGGUUUCUGCAUUCAUGGACAUUUUGGGCGAAAAGGACUGGUUCUGGUAGAUGGGCAAAACAUCUAUCAAAAACACUGAUGACAAUGGGUACCAUGAUUAGUACAAUAAAGGAGCAUUGUCCGCUUGAUGACUAUCCUCGACUACCGCUGAUGCCUGACAAUUGUGAUAAUACUUCUAAAACACCAUGUCCCACAAACCCUUGCUACCCUACCCUAGCUAACCUGCUGAAAUGAAAAGCCUCAGUCUCAAGUUCU